AUGUAUCUCAGAUCUCUGGCAAUCCUCCUCGCCGUGGCCUCCUCGGCCUUGGCUAGCCCAUAUCCCACCUGCGGAACCUGCAAUCCGCUCUCGGGUCAAAACAGCUGCGACGUGACUACUUCUUGCAUCAACACCGGAACAACCUUCCAUUGCGCGUGUCGGGCUGGCUACAAGGCCUCCCAGGCAGACAACGAUAUCACCAGUCAAUUCCGUUUGAACAUGCCAAACUACGAGUUCCUCGUCUUCGUGCCCGAAAAUACUGUCUGCGAAACUCCUUGUGACGAUCCGUAUGCGGCUCCCUCGGAGCUAUGCUGCGAGGUGGCACAGUACGAUGGCUGCGCCGUCUGA